UGUAAACAAUCGGCUCAUUAUUGAUGGUUGCUAGAGGGGCUGGCGUCGUGACAGCAGAUUUAUUUAACAAAAUUUUUCAUGGUUUAAACUGCGCUAACUAACUUUAAAUAUUAUCAUUAAUUUAUUUUUCCCUACAGUUUGAAGCUACAAAAUGAGUGAGGAUAAAGUCGGCCUUAACCAAAUUGCAAAAGAGACAUUGAAAACAAUCGUUACUCUUCGCGAAAAUCAUGCUAUGAAUUUAGGUGGCAUUGAGGUUUUGACGGAAUGCGUGAACAACGUACUUCAAUCCUUUAUUAGUCAGCUAGAGGAAAAGAUGCGCAAAAUUGAUCAAGAUCUUGCUGGAGAGUUUGCCUGGGCAGCGAAGCAGAUGCUGCUUGAAGAUCCUGUAAAACCUGUGUCAACUGAGCAUCGAGUCAUGUCUUGCCUUCGCCUCUACUGCGGUCUGAUUGAGCCAGUCCCUGUCAAACAAGGUAUUGGCUUUCUCCCUACGUACGGGGAUGGCAAUGAAUCUCUUGGCGUGCACGACAUUAAAGCAGUUUAUAUUCCUAUUGAAAAACAAAUUACUGAGCUUCUGCAAUACAGAGAAGUGAGGGAGCUUGUCCUGAACUCUAAAAACUACAUCUCUGACGAAAAUAUAAUACGCUCAGUGUAUGAUGGCAAAGUAGUUAAAAAUCACCCAAUUGUACAGAAAUACAAAAAUGAAAACUGCCUCUUACUCCAAAUCUACGAGGAUGAUGUGGAGUUAUGUAACCCGCUUGGUUCAUACUCCAAAACCCACAAAGUUACACUUGUCUAUUGGACUCUACUGAAUCUACCAGAGCAUGUUAGGUCAAACCUCAAGUCGAUAAACCUGCAGGGUGUGGCCACAGCCGACAGUAUCAAAUAUUUCGGGUUCGAAGCGUUGCUUUCCGAUUUUAUUGAUUUCAUUAAAAAGCUUGAGGCUCCAGAAGGAGUUAAAAUUGUUGUCGAGGGGUUGGAUGAGCCACUAAUUCUUCACGGCACACUUGUGUCUCUUAACGGUGAUGGCUUGGCCUUAAAUAGUAUUGGAGGUUUCAAAGGAAUUGGAUUCGCACUGAAGCCAUGCAGGAACUGCGACAUUUCAAAAGAAGACAUUGGAAAAGUUUUUUUUGAAGUUUUUCCAAGGGACUUGAAAAGCCACAGAGAAAGAGUGGAUAAAUUGUGUAGCGAAAAUUUGACAGAGAGAAGUUUGCUCACCUACAACGACCUGAACUAUCUUGUCUCGGGUUUCCCAUUCCCAAAAGAGUUUUUGCGAUCAAAACCCUCACCAUUUGAACCUGCGCACAUCAAGAACGGAAAACUGAGGCAAAAUGCUUCGCAAAUGCUAUGUCUCAUUUACAUCGUGCCAUUCAUGCUAGAGGAUUUCGCAAAGAGCGAAACCUUGCCAUACAUUGAAAACUUCAGUCUCUUGGGAAAAAUUACAAACGUGCUUCUUGCGUAUGAGGUGAAAAAGAGCGAUUUGAACCUCAGCAGAUUCAUGAUUAAUUGUCACCAUUCUAGAUACUGCGAUCUUUACCCCAAAUUUCCUCCCACUCCCAAGUUUCAUUUUCUUGUUCAUGCACCCUCAGUAAUCGAGCAACUGGGACCAGUCAGAGUGUCUUGGAACAUGAGCUGA